GCCACAUGAGGUUUUCUAAAACCCUUCCCUUGCCAUUUCGCGGCAUCCUCUUCAUCCGCCGCUGCCAACCUAGGCAGAGCAGAAAGCGACGCCACCUCCAACCUCUCGCCUCCCAUCUCAUCCGUCAGCCACCUACAAACUCCAGUUUGUGUGCCUGCAAUCUUCUCCAGUUGAAGUUCUUGGCUGUGUAAUUUCAACUUAAUUUUCGUGUAACGAAGAAACACAGAGAUCCGAAAGAGCCGAAAACACGAUGGUUUACGUGAGCUCGAAAAAGGACCUGAAACGAAGGGAGAUACAGAAGAAGAAGGCCAAGUCUGGAGGCUUUGAGUCUCUGAAUCUAAGUCCCAAUGUCUUCAAUGCAAUCAAGCGCAAGGGCUACAAAGUACCCACACCCAUCCAGCGCAAGACCAUGCCGCUUAUUCUAGCUGGAAACGAUGUCGUUGCCAUGGCCAGAACCGGUUCUGGCAAGACCGCCGCUUUUCUGAUCCCCAUGCUCGAGCGUCUGAAGGAGCACGUACCUCAGGGCGGCGUUCGGGCUCUCAUUCUAUCUCCCACCAGGGACUUGGCGCUACAGACUCACAAGUUUACCAAAGAGCUCAGCCGUUUCAUGGAUGUCCGUAUUAGUUUACUAGUUGGUGGCGAUAGCAUGGAAACUCAGUUUGAAGAAUUAGCCCAAAACCCUGAUAUUAUAAUUGCAACUCCCGGUAGGUUGAUGCACCAUUUAGCUGAGGUUGAUGACAUGACACUUAGGACAGUGGAGUAUGUUGUUUUUGAUGAAGCGGAUUGCCUCUUUGGCAUGGGUUUCGCGGAGCAGUUGCAUAAAAUCCUUGGACAGCUGAGUGAGAAUCGCCAGACCCUGCUUUUUAGUGCAACACUACCCUCUGCUCUUGCAGAAUUUGCCAAGGCUGGUCUGCAAGACCCUCGACUUGUGCGGCUUGAUUUGGAUACUAAGAUUAGCCCUGACUUGAAGCUUAUGUUUUUCACCUUGAGACAGGAAGAAAAGCACGCUGCAAUACUUUAUUUGAUAAGGGAGCAUAUUAGUUCGGGUGAGCAGACAUUGAUAUUUGUAUCUACAAAACAUCAUGUGGAGUUUCUGAAUAUCUUGUUUAGAGAAGAGGGCAUUGAGCCUUCUGUAUGUUAUGGUGACAUGGAUCAUGAUGCUCGCCAGAUUAAUGUAUCGAGGUUUAGGUCAAGAAAGACUAUGCAGUUAAUUGUUACUGAUGUUGCAGCUAGAGGAAUUGACAUUCCAUUGCUUGACAAUGUCAUCAAUUGGGACUUUCCCCCAAAGCCUAAACUUUUUGUUCAUCGAGUAGGCCGAGCUGCAAGGGCUGGUCGGACUGGUACUGCAUUCUCCUUUGUGACAUCUGAAGAUAUGCCUAACCUUUUAGAUCUACAUCUGUUUCUUUCAAAGCCAAUUAGGGCUGCACCCACAGAGGAGGAAGUUUUACAUGAUAUGGAUGGAGUGAUGUCUAAGAUUGAUCAAGCAAUUGCUAAUGGAGAAACUGUUUAUGGGCGUUUUCCCCAAACAGUUAUAGAUCUUGUUUCGGAUAGAGUUAGAGAGAUAAUAGAUUCUUCUUCAGAACUCAGUAAUAUGGUGAAAACCUGUGCAAAUGCAUUCCGCUUGUAUUCAAAGACAAAACCCCCACCUUCAAAGGAGUCUGUUAAAAGAGCAAAAGAUUUACCUCGCGAAGGGUUGCAUCCAAUUUUUAAAAGUGUACUGGAUGGUGGAGAGUUGAAGGCAUUGGCAUUUUCUGAGCGGUUGAAGACAUUCAGACCCAAGCAGACCAUUCUAGAAACUGAAGGUGAAGCUGCUAAGUCAAAGAAUCUGAAGGGUUCUUCUCGUCACUGGGUUGAUGUAAUGAAGGAAAAAAGAGCUAUUCAUGAAGAGGUCAUUAAUUUAUUUCAUCAACAACGUUCUAAUAAUAAUCAUGCGGAAAAGGAAGAUGAAGAUGAUUUUAUUCCCUCAAAGACCAAGGAGAAGAAAGUAUCUUCAGGCUCCAAAAGGAAGGCAAAGAGCUUCAAGGAUGAUGAAAACUUUAUAAGUUCAAUACCAACUAAUCAUCAUACCGAAGCAGGCCUUUCAGUGAGAGGGAAGGACGACUUUGACUCAAAUAGGUUGGAAGCUGCUGUUAUUGAUCUCAUUGCAGAUGAUAAUGUUGGCAUGAAGAAACAGAAAUCUGUAUUUCAUUGGGAUAAGAGGGGGAAAAAGUACAUAAAGCUAAACAAUGGUGAUCGUGUGACAGCUAGCGGCAAGAUAAAGACAGAGAGUGGUGCAAAAGCAAAGCUUGAGAAAACUGGGAUAUACAAGAAGUGGAAAGAACGUUCACACAAGAGAGUAUCUCUUACAGGAACUAAUGAAGGGAAUGCUGAGGAUUCCACAGGUAACCGUAGAUGGCAGGGGAAGGGUAAGUCUUUUGGAGGCAGGAAGCAACACUCUGUGCCUAAUGCUCAUGUGCGUUCUGAAAUCAAAGACUUAGAACAGGUUCGCAAGGAGCGACAGAAAAAGGCCGACAGGGUCUCUUAUAUGAAGAGCAAGUCGGCCAAGGGUGGCAAAAAGUUUGGUAAAAAUGGUAAAAGAGGAAAGGGAAAGAGGUAAACAAGAGUUGCCUAAUAUGAACAAGUCUUAUGAGUUUUCCCUUAGCUCCUUUGGUAAAAUGAUUAUUUGAGCACCAUAACCAAUUUUGUACUUCUUUCAGAGGACGGAUGAUAAGUAUUAAGUAAUGACUUGUUUUAUUGAAA